AUGGCGAAGCAAGGAAGGAAGAUGAGGACUCGAAACACCUUUUCUGAUACAGAAACAUAUGCGAUGCGGAAUCGAUCGCAUUUUUCCGCAAAAGAAGACGAUGAUCUAGACGUCGAGAUCAAUCCGCCGCAGAAUAUUGGAACUCGCUGUGUGCAACCUCGUGGAUCUAAUAGCUCUGGUAUGAACUCCAUCAACAACACUCAUAGUCCGUAUUUCUUGCAUUCCGCCGAUUAUCCUGGGUUGUGUAUCUCGAAUCAGAAGUUAGAUGGAUUGAAUUAUAACAACUGGUAUAUUGUGAUGAGGAUGAGUCUUGAUGCUAAUAACAAGAUAGGAUUCGAUGGAUCGUUAGUUAGACCAGCUGAAAAUGAUCUGUUGUUCAAGAUCUCGAUUAGAUGCAACAACAUGGUUAAGUCGUGGUUACUUAAUAUAGUGAAUCAGGAGAUAUAUGAUAGCAUCAUGUAUUAUGAUGAUGCUGUUGAGAUGUGGAAUGAUUUGUACUCAAGGUUUCGAGUGAGUAAUCUCCCAAGGAAGUAUCAGUUAGAGCAGGCUAUUGCGACCUUUAAGCAGGGAUCCAUGGAUUUAUCUGCUUACUAUACUAAGAAGAAGACUCUUUGGGAGCAACUGUCUAACACAAACUAG